AUGAUGAUAAAGACAGUCGUCGGUGUGCUUGGCCUCGUCGCUGGCGUAACUGCAACUCCCUUGGAGAUUGUCGAACGCAGGCCCUGUAGAGAUGACAGCCUCUACAAGUGUUUCGCUGAUUACGAAUAUGCUCAUUCGGCGUCGGCUUAUUGCUCUGCCCUCGUGCCAUGCACCAAGACAGUCACGGAAGUGAAGCCCACAGUAUUAAUAAGAAAUAAAGGCCAAUGGAAUUUGCACCACAGGACAAAGACUGUGUGGAAGACGCAGACCGCGGCGACGUCAACCUGCCUCAUAAAAUCAACAACCACUGUUUAUACAAGAACAAUCCCAUCGUCCACGGUGAUCAAAACAUCAACAGUUGUAGAGACAAAGACAUCGACGGCUACAGCGACCGUUACGGCCGACAUUCAAAGAUCUGAGCCAUUGAAGAAAAUAAUUGAGCCAGUGAAAAGAGCUGUCGGAGGAGGAAAGCCGCAGCCACCGAAGUGUAUGCUCAACAAGUGCUUCGUAUACACCCCCGAACGCAUUACUGCGGCAUGCAGCUGCAUCAACGUUCCGCCCAAGACGAUUACAGUUACGCAUACAGCCUGCUCCUCUACCAAAACAGUGACGUCUACUUCAACAACGACACCUAAAGUUACAGCAACAUCAUGGCAUACUGUCGCCACAGGAUUGACUAAUGGUGUUACGACUACAUGUACGACGACAACCAUCACCACGACUGCUACUACGACCACGACUACGACCACUACAACUCCCGAAACACUUCCUUAUACUACUCCUGCUACUACUCCUGCUACUACUCCUGCUACUACUCCUGCUACUACUCCUGCUACUACUCCUAUCACCACGGCGGCCGCUACUACGUCACCUUCAGCGCCAAAUCUCAUUCCCGACGGCGACUUCUCAUCCGGUUUGGGCCCCUGGGCCCAAAUCAAUACCAGCCCAUCGUCAUGGGUCAACCCGAAUGUCGGCAUGAACAACAGCCCUGACGGCGAUUCACCCAAUUUCAGCGUCACCAAUAUAGCUACAACAGGAUUGUUCUUCAUGGCCAGCGCAAGCUUCCCUCUUCAAAGUAGCUCCACCUAUACAUUCACGUUCUAUGUAGCAAACACCGCUACCGAUUCUUCUUGGACCAGCCAAGUGUCGGCUCAAGUUGCCUGCGGCUCAUACGGCUUGGCAACAGCAGAUAUGACCAAGGCAACUCUCGGACCCAACAACUAUAUGGCCAGCUCAACCACUUUCAACACGCUCACUGAUACGAGUCCACUGACGCUGCAGCAACUGGGUAACUGCCAAGUGCAGAUUGCCUUCCAUCCCAGCGUUCAAACGCCAAACCAGUGGUUUUUGGCCAAGGUUGGUGUUUCUUACGUUGGUCCUAUGGUACCUGCAUCGCCCCCGCCUACGUCGUCGGUUGUACCGUGA